GCUUCGCGCCGGGUGCCACCCAACAACUCUUUGCCACGUUGAAUCGGUCACUUUUUCACGACAUCUUCGAGCUUGAUAUUGGUGGAUAUCGCUUUCGCGCGGAGGGCAAGCUCCUGCGUAGGAGUCCGACUCUGAAGAUACUGCUAAGCUCCCCUUCGAUCUUCUUCGAAGAGCUGUUUUUGGACCGAGACGGCUCUUUGUUCAACUUCAUUUUGCAAUAUUUAGAGGACGAGGAGCUGUUUAACGUCCCAUCCGACCGGCAAGUGUGCCGCUUUCUUCAAGCGGAAGCGCACUACUUUGGACUGCCAAGGCUGGAGGCCUUGCUCUCGGAGCACCUUGCACGGAACGCCGAGGACGCCAAAACGUUCGAGGCGAAGAAGAUGCCUUUUCAGGCGAGCUCCGAGAAAGCCCGGCUUUCGCCCAAGUGCUUGUUUGGAGCAUGUAGACCUUUGAGCAUGACGGUGGUGUCAUAG